ACUUCUCAAGCCUGGAGACCUUCCAGCAUCAUCCCCUGCUAUGAGACCUUUUGUCCAGUUUCCCUAAAUGGGGAAGAGAGAAUUUAAAAUGGAAGUGGCCAACCAAUCCAUUGUGGCAGAAUUUGUCUUGCUCGGCCUGUCAGAUCAGCCAAGACUGGAGAAAACAUUCUUUGUGCUCAUCCUGCUGAUGUACCUGGUGAUCCUGCUGGGCAACGGGGUCCUCAUCCUGGUGACUGUGUCCGACUCCCACCUACACACACCUAUGUACUUCUUCCUCGGGAACCUCUCCUUCCUGGACAUCUGCUACACAACCUCUUCCAUUCCUCUGGUCCUGGACGGUUUCCUGACUCUCAGGAAAACCAUCUCCUUCUCAGGCUGUGCAGUGCAGAUGUUCCUCUCCUUUGCCAUGGGAGCCACAGAGUGUGUGCUCCUGGGCAUGAUGGCGUUUGAUCGCUACGUGGCCAUCUGCAACCCCCUUAGGUACCCAGUAGUCAUGAGCAAGGCUGCCUAUGUGCCCAUGGCUGCCAGCUCCUGGGUGGCUGGUGGAGCCAACUCCUUGGUGCAGAUCUCUCUUGCAGUACAGUUACCCUUCUGUGGGGAUAACAUCGUUAAUCAUUUCACCUGUGAGAUCCUGGCAGUUCUGAAGUUGGCCUGUGCUGACAUCUCCAUCAAUGUGAUCAGCAUGGGGGUGGCCAACAUGAUCUUCCUGGGGGUCCCAGUGCUCUUCAUCUUUGUCUCCUACAUCUUCGUACUCACCACCAUCCUGAGGAUCCCCUCAGCUGAGGGACGGCGAAAGGCCUUCUCCACGCGCUCUGCACAUCUUACUGUAGUGGUGAUUUUCUAUGGGACUAUUCUUUUCAUGUAUGCAAAACCCAAGUCUAAGGACCCCCUGGGGGCAGACAAACAGGAUGUUUCAGACAAGCUCAUCUCCCUCUUUUAUGGAGUGUUGAUCCCCAUGCUCAAUCCCAUCAUCUACAGCCUGAGGAACAAGGACGUGAAGGCUGCUGUGAGGAGCCUGGUAAGUCAGAAAUGCUUCACCCAGCGAUAGUGAGAGGAAGCAGUGUGUCUUUUGGUUCUGUUUACACAAGGGGUCUACUCAGUAAGCACAGACUUGCUUAAUGGUCCCACACAACAGUUUCCAAACUGAUGUUCACUGAGAUGGGGCUUUCUUCGUGAUGGAAGAUGGAACACUAACUCUUUAGAAUGUGCUAA